UACCCUAAGUGUUGUUGCUAAGCAACAGGGGUCCUUGUGGGUCAGGUUGCCAUCUUCCCCGCCGGACGACCAUAGCAUUCCAGUUGGGAACCAAGAAAUACAUGCAGGCUAUAUACAUAUUUCCAAGCCUUCUGACCAGAAAGUGCACAUCGCUUUCCAGACAAAACCCCCCGACUGCUCAGCAAUGACCAGCUCCCCGGUGUCUCGCGUAGUGUAUAACGGAAAGCGGCCAACGAGCAGCACGCGCUCUCCCAGCAGCAGCGACAUAUUCACCCCAGCUCAUGAGGAGAACGUGCGUUUUAUCUACGAAGCGUGGCAGUGUGUGGAGCGGGACCUGAGAAACCAAGUAUCUGGUGUAGACCGUGGACUUGUGGAAGAAUAUGUGGAGAAACAGCCAAGCAACAACCUGAAAUCUUUUAAGCCCGUUGAUCUCAAUGACCUGAAGAGGAGAAGCGCACAAGACCCCAAAAAAUCCUAAUUUUCUCCCCUGCGGCUGAUUCUUCCCUCCACUGACACAUACUUUGGACUUUCAUUCUCUUUCAUUGUUCAUUGAUGACAUAAAAGGACAACUUUGGGACUGUACCGUGUGGACUUGGCAGAGUUGUUCUCCGUUUGAUCCCCCUUAAGCCCCUUAGACCUUUCCUAUCCCCACAUGUGUUCGCCCCUUUACCCCAGUGCAUCUGAUGCCCACAUUCUAGGGGAUCAUUGCAAUCCGUAUUGAUUGAGGACCUGGUUUAGUGGUUGUCUGUAUACACAGAUUCUGGCUUCUUCAGACACCACUAGAGGCGGUAGCACAGGAUCUCUCAGUAUAUAGCAGUAUACGGUGAUUAGGUGACCAGGUGCAGUGAUGAGACCCGAUCCCCUUUCUCUGCAAACCAGAAGAUUCACAGCGAAUGUCGGCACCAUUAGGAAAUCAUUUCAGUGAUGGAAUUGGAAUCACUAUGGCUGCACUCACGCUUGCCACAUCAGCUAAAACAGCGGUGUCAGACAGUGAGUGAGCGCGCACUGUGCCAGCCAAAAGCAGCAAGGGUCUCCAAACUGGCAAGAUUGGCAUCAGAAGAUCACAUCAUCUCACUGGUGGCCUUCUCUGACAGCAGCGCCCACCCUGACCACAAGUGGAUGCAGCUCCCAGUCCAGCAGGAAGCAGAAACAUCCACUUCCCAUCCAUUGACAACAAGCAGAGAUCUUGGGAAUGGAAUCAAAUGAAAAACAAGAAGUAUAUUAGCAACAAGAUAAAACUUCUGCAUACAACAUUUGCUUUAUACACAUAAAACCGUUCAAAUUGACCACGAGUUUCCAGGUCUGACUCACAAUAACAAGCAAUAACACGUAUUUGUAUUAAAGGCAGGGCUUACGGAGA